AUGAAUCCGAGUCUCCAUCGUAAAGGACUGUCACCAGACGACUGGAUCCUGCUAUGUAUAGUCGUCAAACUUUUCCGAACUUCUCGAUCCGGAACGUCGGCAUCUUGUACUGCCGCGGUGCACCAGUGCUGCCAUCGUUGGCUGGCGGAUGUUGUAGAUGCCUAAUCUCGGUCUUCAAGGUGUCGAAUUGCUCGCUGAUGGUGGCUGGUGCGGCGAAAGUGUUGAUGUUGCCGAGCAUUGCGAGUACGUGGUCGAGUCGUUGCUCCAACUGGCGGUUUGAGGCUGAAUUGCUGGGUUUGCCAGCAUCUGGUCUUGGUGCUGCUUGCUCCAAGUCUUGUACACAGGUCUUGUACACGGGUAUGGUUCCGCAGUGCUGCUUGCUCCAAGUCUUGUACACGGGUAUGGUUCCGCACAGCCUGUCAGAGAUUCUCCAGUUCCUGGUGCUGUUUCUCAAACUCGGACUGCAGUUGGUUACAGGUGUAAACCAACCGGGUCACAAGCUUGGAGAGGAACUCUUUGUGUUGCUCUUCCGAUGUCGCGUCGUCGUGGCCCUCGGAUGGUUCAAAGUGCCAAAACUUGAGCCUGUCGACGCUGGCGGCUUCGUGCCGCUGCAGCAGAUCUCGGGCCUGCUUGCGGCGGGCCUGGGCAUCGGCAUCAGCUGCGGCCUGAAGCAGUUGCUGCCUCUGCUUCAGCCUGUGGGCGGGCAGCCUCGACUUCCGCUUGGCGCUGUUCCUCAACCUCGAUCUGUGCGAGCUGAUCUUGGACCCACUUGCGGAAAUCGGCAAUGGACUCGCCAACAAGUUGGCCCGACAUGCCCAAAGCUGUAGCGGGCAUGGUGACAGGGCACUGCUGACGUGGCACUGCUGCUGACGUGGCACUUACCAAACCGGGAAGGCAGACAAAGGGCUGGGUGGGAGGGAAACGCAGGUAAGCAAGCAAACUGCACUUUCCAUUCCCGGUCCUAAUCAACAGAAAAAAAAAAAAGGAUUCCUCUCUUUUUUCUUUUUCUGAAUAUCCGUCGAUCUGAUAUCAGACGCAUUUUCUGAGAAGUGUAUGAGUGUGAUCUAGGCAAGGCUCGCAGAAUUUUGAAUUUCAAAAAAUGCAAUUUGAAAAAAAACAAGGAUUUGUGCGAAGUAGAAUCGAGGUUCGAAUUUCCGAAAAGAAUAAAUCAAGGUUCCUUGGAAAU